AUGGCGCACCCGCGCAUCUCCGCGCAGCUGCCCCCGCACCUCGACCCCACCAAGGCCCCGGUCGCCUUCGGCCGGAGGGCGCUCCCGAAGCUCAACGAGGAGCUGCAGGCCGCCGAGCUGCUGACGCGGCAGCGCGCGCUGAUGGCGCUGUGCGACCUGGUGCACGACCCGGAGAACGCCUACGAGGCCGUCCGCAUCGGAUUUCUAGAUAAUUUGAAAAAGUUGCUUUUAGAUGAAAACAGCACUGUACGUCGAAAAACAACAGAAGUGCUAUAUAUAAUGGCGACACAUAACAUUGGCAGGACCAGUUUUAUAGAACAUGAAGUCAUCCCAGCUCUGGCCCAGCUUUUGAAUGACCCUAUUGAUAUCUGUCGGUGGAACAUGCAUUAUGCAUUGAAACUGAUGUCAGAAUUGCCUGCAGGGGCAGUGGCUCUCGUGGACAGCGGCCUGGUUCCCUCCCUGGUGUUCAAGCUGGCGACCGAGCUGGAAGAGGUCCAGGAGCUGCUCUUGGAGACGCUGGUGGGCUGCCUCCGCGUGGAGGCCUUUGAGGCGCUGGCCACAGGGGCCGUCCGCAUCCUGAAGGAGAAGCUGGGCCAUUCCUCGCUGGGCAUCAGGAGCAGAGCUGCCCAGGCCCUCAUGGCCAUCAGUGUGCCUCUGGAGGGAAAGAACAUGCUCCUUGAGGAAGGCGUGUUCCCAGAGCUCGUUUUCCUGCUGGACGAUGAGGAUGCCGAGGUGCGCGCCAGCGCAGCCGGAGCCCUGAUGAACGCGGCAGUGACCACACAAGGGAAAUACGCUGCCCUCAAUGCCGACGCUAUCGACGCUCUCCUGCCUCUGCUCAGCGAUGACAGAACCAAGGUCCGCCUGUAUGCCGUCAAAGCGCUGACCAUGCUGGCGGAAGCCCCAGAAGGCCGCAAGGCCCUGCUGCUCCACGUGCCGGCCUUCCGGGAGCGACUGGAUGAUUCCAGCGAGGCAGUGAGAAGAGCAGCCCAAAUCGCAGUGCAAGUCAUUGAGUGGAAGCCUUAA